AUGGCGUACUUACCAGGUCUGGUGGAGAUCUGCCUGAUGCACCCGCUGGAUGUGGUGAAGACCAGAUUCCAGAUCCAGAGAGGAACCAGCGACCCUAACAGCUACAAGAGCCUGGGGGAUUGCUUCCGCACUAUUUUCCGCAACGAAGGGAUCCUCGGCUUCUACAAAGGAAUCCUGCCUCCCAUCCUGGCCGAGACGCCAAAGAGGGCCGUCAAGUUUUUCACCUUCGAGCAGUACAAGAAGUUGCUGAAUUUGACCCCUUUGUCUCCUGGCCUGGCGUUGUCCGUAGCAGGACUGGGUGCUGGCUUGACCGAGGCCGUGGUGGUCAAUCCCUUCGAGGUGGUCAAAGUCAGUCUUCAGGCCAACAGGAAUGCCUUCAAAGAGCAACCGUCCUCGUUUGGCCAGGCGAGACGCAUCAUCAAGUCGGACGGCUUCGGGCUGAAGGGUCUGAACAAGGGACUGACGUCCACGCUGGGACGCCACGGGGUUUUCAACAUGAUCUACUUCGGCUUCUAUUUCAACGUCAAAGACGCCAUUCCUGCUAACUCGGACCCGACCCUGGAGUUCCUGAGGAAGUUCACCAUCGGCCUGGUGUCGGGGACCAUCUCGUCCUGCGUCAACAUUCCCUUCGACGUGGCCAAGAGCCGCAUCCAAGGCCCUCAGCCGGUUCCUGGAGAGAUCAAGUAUCGCACCUGCUUCCAGACCAUGGCUUUGGUCUACCGGGAGGAAGGGUACUUGGCACUCUAUAAGGGUUUGGUGCCAAAGAUAAUGAGACUCGGGCCGGGUGGCGCUGUGAUGCUGCUGGUCUACGAGUAUGUGUCCGGGUGGCUGCAGAGGAACUGGUAACCACGCCAAAGACAAACAACAACAAAAAGCUACUGUAAUACCUGCAGUAGCCUGAAGUCUUUAUGAAGUAUCUUAGUGAGCAUUCAUCCAAAUAGAAUAUGCUGACAUUGCAGUUUGGACCUACAGAUUGCUUUUAAUACCAAAUAUUGUAUUUUUAAUACCAGCAUUUCAGUAUUUUCAAUACUUAAAAAAAAAACAAAAAAAACUUUAAAUAGCUUUAUUUCAAGAAGUGCAGAGAUCUUAACAGCCAUAAAAUGUAAUGUAUGCAUACUGUACGCAUCGCCAUAUUUGCACUGUCAAUCAUACGUGAUUGACACAUCAUGUGUAUAUGUAUAUAUAUAUAUAUAUAUACAUAUAUAUAUGUAUAUAUAUAUAUAUAUACAUAUAUAAGCAUAUAUAUAUAUAUAUAUAUGUAUAAGCACAUAUAUAUUAUGUAUAUAUAGUAUAUAUACUGUAUAUAUAUAUAUAUAUAUACAAUAUUUAUUUAUUGUAUAUAUACAUAUAUAUUAUGUAUGUAUAUAUAUAUAUAUAUAUAUAUAUAUAUAUAUAUAUACAUAUACAUAUACAUAUACAUAUACAUAUACAUAGUCAAGGUUUCUGGGGUAGAGCAGAAUAUACGUUAGGUCAGGAGAAAAACACAGAGGCUAUUUCAUCCCGACAAGCCUGUUUCGCAGGUUUCCCUGCUCUUCGGGGGAUUUCAUUGAAGUGUGAAGGGACACGUCAAUGAAAUCCCCGGAAGAGCGGGGAUACCUACGAAACUGGCUCGAAGUGUGAAGGGACACUUCAAUGAAAUCCCCUGAGGAGCAGGGAAACCGGCGAAACAGACUUGUCGGGAUGACAUAGCAUAUAUAUAUAUAUAUAUAUAUAUAUAUAUAUAUAUAUAUAUAUAUAUAUAUAUAAAAUAUACACACGCACAGGAGGAGAGAACCGAUAUAGAGCAGCAGUAUUCGGUUUAACUGUCUAUCGGGAUCGAUCAGAACCAUUUUUUUUCUCAAUUUGUAUGAAUUUUUUCUGAUGCAUGACUUGAUAAAAGAUUGACAAAAAUGCUA